AUGAAUUUUACUGUGCAGCUAAAUGUUCUCUUCAAUCUCACUAGGAUGAGAACUGCUUCCACAGCUAUCACAUGCUUUACAAGAGGACUUGACCUUCAAAAGGAGAUAGAAGAUGUUCUUUGCCCAGCUAACUGUCCUCUAUGGCAAUUUUAUGUCUUUGGGGAUGGAGUCUAUGCCUCUCUUUCCAGUGUCUGCGGAGCUGCCAUCCACAGAGGGGUAAUCACCAGUGCAGGAGGAGCUGUAAGGGUACAGACUCUCCCAGGACAGGAGAACUACCCUGCUGUAAAUGCCAACGGGAUCCAGUCUCAGGUGCUCGCUAGAUGGGCUUCAUCUUUUUCAGUGACUCGUACCAAGAACAUAGCACUUGAAGCUGUUGGACGAUCAAUAUCAACAGCACGUCCCUCUACAGGCAAAAGACCUAAGAAGCCCCUUGAGAAAAAGGCUGGAAACAAAGACUGUAAAGCUGAUAUUGCAUUUCUCAUUGAUGGAAGCUACAAUAUCGGCCAGCGUAGAUUUAAUUUGCAGAAGAACUUUGUUGGAAAAGUAGCUGUGAUGUUGGGAAUUGGAACGGAAGGGCCUCACGUGGGAGUCGUACAAGCCAGUGAACAUCCAAAAAUCGAAUUCUAUCUGAAAAACUUCACUGCUGCAAAAGAUGUUUUGUUUGCCAUAAAGGAAUUAGGGUUCAGAGGAGGCAAUUCUAAUACAGGGAAAGCUUUGAAGCACACAGCUCAAAAAUUCUUCUCUUUGGAAAACGGAGCCCGCAAAGGAAUUCCCAAGAUCAUCGUAGUGUUCUUAGAUGGCUGGCCCUCUGAUGAUAUAGAAGAAGCUGGUAUAGUGGCCAGAGAAUUUGGGGUCAAUGUAUUCAUUGUGUCUGUAGCAAAACCCACAACUGAGGAGCUGGGGAUGGUGCAAGACAUUGCUUUUGUUGACAAAGCCGUCUGUCGAAAUAAUGGCUUCUUCUCCUACCAAAUGCCCACCUGGUUUGGUACUACUAAAUAUGUAAAACCUCUUGUCCAAAAAUUGUGUUCACAUGAGCAAAUGUUGUGUAGCAAGACAUGCUACAACUCCGUCAACAUAGGUUUCUUAAUAGAUGGUUCUAGCAGCGUUGGAGACAGCAACUUCCGCCUUGUGCUUGAAUUCAUCAGUAAUGUUGCAAAAGCUUUUGAGAUCUCUGAUAUCGGUUCCAAGAUUGCAACUGUGCAGUUCACAUAUGAGCAACGUACCGAGUUCGGCUUCACUGACUACACCACAAAAGAAAAGGUUCUCUCUGCUAUCCAGAAUAUUCGUUACAUGAGUGGUGGCACUGCUACCGGUGAUGCCAUUUCUUUCACAACAAGAAGUGUAUUUGGGCCAAUGAAAGAUGGACCCAAUAAGAAUUUCCUUGUUGUUUUGACUGAUGGUCAGUCUUAUGAUGAUGUUAGAGGGCCUGCUGCUGCUGCACAAAAAGCAGGAAUCACAGUCUUCUCAGUUGGUGUUGCCUGGGCACCUGUGGAUGAUCUGAAAGAUAUGGCUUCUGAACCCAGAGAAUCUCAUACUUUCUUCACUAGGGAGUUCACAGGAUUGGAGCAGAUGGUUCCUGAUAUUAUUAGAGGCAUCUGUAAAGAUUUUUUGGACUCUAAACAAUAAAGCAAAUAGUGGUUGUUGGAUAUUACUUCUUUGAAACUAAAAUCAGGAAACUGAGAUGGUCCCUCUAAAGUACAAAUGUUUUAUUCUUAUACCAUCAUAAUAUAAGGGAAUAAGUUAUGACGGGCUACAUUCUGUUUCUGUGGUCAAUCAAGGAUUCUUGUGGGCUCAUUAGAAGCUGUACUUGGCAUGGGAAAACAGAAUUUGGCCAACACCUAUUAAUUUCAAUAUCUGUAUAGUAUCUUUCUUACACUUAAGGCUAUCAGAUAUCAGCUGUAUGUAUAUAAAGAAAACAUAACAGAGCUCUGAAACUUGUGCUGUCACUUCCUAGAUGUCUUCUCAUGCAUUAAAAUUAAUAUAAUUUUAAAUACACAGCAUUAGCUUCUAUGAGCCUUCUAUAGCUUAAGACUCUGUAUUUUUUCCAGGAGUUCUCUUGAUAGUGUGAAUAUAAAACUAGCCAUGGGGUAAAAAGAUAGUAAAAAUCUUUUUAGUGCUUCAGUUGUGCAACAUCCACUAUUGCCAGGCAGUUUAUUAAGAAGAUGGAUGAUAGCUUGUAGCUAGACGGUCUGUUUUUAACUAGUUGAAAUUUUGGUAUUUCGAAUGAUACUGCCAUCUGGUUGGCAGAGUUUACAUCAAAAGACCGUCUCACUUCUACCAGUCAAUGCUCUUGGGUAAUUUUGGCACAGACUUUCAAAGGUAUUUAAGCACUGUAGUUUCUUUUGAAGAGCUGGGUCCUAACACAUUAAGUAAGUGAUACUACUACUUAUUACACCGCUGAAGUCAGUUGCAAUAUUCCUACUGUAUCUGAUACUCUGGAUGUUUUUCUCUCUACUGCCUUGAUUUUACAAAGUUGUUAUUGGCUAGACAGAGUUCAAGACGAUGAUCUUAGGCAAAAAGAUUAAAUUAGACCGUGUACUGGAAACUGAAAGCAUUUAAAUUGAAAUCCAAAAUUAUCUUAAGCCUUGAAACUUAACUGGUUUAUAUCAGAUUACUUACAUGGCUAGAAGACAAAAAAGUAGGCAGAGACAUAAGUGGGAAUUGGUGGCUUACAGAAUAACAAUUUUCUAAUGCUAGUAAAAGCAUCUUUAAAGAUGUAUGAAGUUUUCUGAAGAUGGCAAAAAUAGUUUUCUGGAAAAAUGGCUUUAAAUUGAUUAUAUACCUGGUAAUGUGUUGCUAUUUUACACCUCUUUGCAUGUGGUUAAAAUGAUGCAAUAAUUCACUGAGUUUUUCCUGAGGCCUGGAGAGAACAAUGGACUUCACUUUAAGUAUUUUUUUUUUUUUUAGAUAAUUCAUUUUUUUUCCAAGUAAAACAUGCAGUAGUAAACAAAGCAGCACUUUCCUGUUCAGCUAUCAAUCGAGGGUUCCCUUUUGUUGUAUUUUUGUGCUAUUGAUUGUAAAAUUCUUAGUAGUUAUGAAUGGUACAGAAGGGAUACAUAUUUAUCAGGCUUUUGUAGUGUAUUUUUUAAUAACUUAUGACUGGCUAUAUAUUACACUAAAUAUGAAUGGCAAGAAUGCCUUGUAUUUUUCUAUUGAUUGCUAACCUUUUUGUUAUGUGUUUAUAGAUACAGUAUUCAGCUAUUGCUGUAUAAAUUCAUAUGCAACAUCAA